CACAAAAGUACAGAGUAUUUUUUAAUUUUUUUCAUUUUCGCAAUUAUUUCGUUUCUUUCGUCUAUUAGUGAGGUUAGAGUGCGACUUGAGCUAGUGCGAAAAUUUUCUAGCCAGUGCUUUUUAGAGGAGUUGCCUUGCACUGUGCUGCAAAGAGAAAAAAUAGCUGUGUUUUGUGUUUCACUUAAAACCAACAAAAAAGUGUCCUGUCAUUUUUGCCAUAGAAGUGUUUUUCUGUGAUAUCAUCCGGUCUGACAGCUGACAGACAUUAGUAACUAUAAUUCUGCUACAUAUUUGUGUACCAGAGGCCGGUUUUGUGACAGCGGGUCCGUUCGAGGAGCGUUGGAAAGUGGUGAAAUCAGUUUUCCAUCCCCCCCCCGCAUACGGAGUUUCGUGGAGGCACACGCACGCACCGAGAGGAAAAAAGGAAUUUGUGGGAUAAGUGCAGUUAGAUAAAGGUGCGGCGCCAUGGAGCGUGAGUCGAACUGCAUGCAGGCGCUCUGCAAGUCGGGCUGCGGCUUCUACGGCAGCCCGGCCACCGAUGGACUAUGCUCCCUGUGCUACAAGGAGGCCCUUAAAAAGAAACAACAAUUGCCCACGACGCCUCCGAGCUUGAGCGCUUACAGAGAAACCGCGACAGCUCAACCGACAAUUAGCCGCCUUCCAACACCCGUCAACGAUAUCCUUUCCAAUGAGGUGCCCGAAGAAUGUUCGGCGCUGGUGCCGCAGACGACGGGCGGAAGUACGGAAGAUGUGGCCGCAGCAGCGGCGGCUGCGGCGGAUCCUGACGCCGGAAACGACGACAAGGACUCGGACAAGGACGCCAAAAAGAAAAAGAACCGCUGCGCCACCUGCCGUAAGAAGGUGGGAUUAACAGGUUUCGAGUGUCGAUGCGGGGGUCUGUUCUGCGCGGUGCACCGGUACAGCGACAAGCACGACUGCAGUUUCAACUAUCGCGAGAUGGGCGCGCAGGAGAUCCGACGCAACAAUCCUGUAGUCGUCGGCGAGAAAAUCCAAAAAAUAUGAACCCCGCCACUGUGUGCCAUGCGCACGCGCCCCCCUCCCCCCACCUCGUCGUCUACGCCCUCCCCACCCUCUCGUCACUGACUGAAUCAAGCAAAAAAAAUUAUAUAAUAUAUACAUAUAUUACCAAGGAAAAUCGAUGAUGGAUGCAACAACCGCAAAAACAAAAAAAAGGACGCUGCUUUAUCGGCCGCGCGCGCGCAAAAACUAGUGUGUAAAGACAAGUGAGUGAAAAACUUUUAUUAAAUUGCCCCCCCCCCCCAACAACACAACAAUCAAACACACACUCAAAUUCUCUGUCAUUUAGUUUU